AUGGGUCAAAAGGAUAAACUAACUUCUGGAAAACUCCAGAAGGAUUGCAAUAUCUGUUUAAGCAGAUUGUCGAAUUAUAAUAGUAGUGAUAAACAUGGUGGAAGUAUAUAUAAUUAUAUAAAAAAAAAUGUACCUAGUAGUAUGUUAAAUUGUAAACUUAAUAUAAAUUGUACAAAGCAUAAUGAAGAUAGUUUUCUUAACUUAUACAAUGAUAUACAUACAAAUGAUAAACAUAAAAUCUUUAACUUUCCAACGACAAAGUUUGAUCAGCUAUUUAUUGACAUGCCUAAUGGUAGUGGGGAAGUAAGUAAUGUCAAAAUAAACAACGGCAAAUUCGACGAUGAAAACGAAGGUAAUAAGUUAUGUAGCUGUGAAAAAAAGAAUGAACAAAAUUCUGAUAGUGAUUGGAAUCUUUAUUUAAAUGAUGGAAGUAAUAUUGUGACAUCUAGUGAUACAAUUAGCAGUGUUGAAAGUAGUGUCGAUACAUUAACAAAUAGCUUAGGUAUAAAUAUAGACUUACUUAAUUGUGAUAAUGAAGAAAAUGUUGGAAAAGGAAGUCUUACUAUGACCUGUGAUCCGGAAAGUUGGUGUGUAAACAAUUUUGAUAAUAGCUUUGAAAAUGAUAGUAGCAAAAUAUUGUACAACCUUGCGGGGUUUAAAUUAACGGGAACAUCAAUUAUGUUAAGUGAUAAAAAUGAAAAAUAUAUAUAUAAGAUAAUUCCGUUUUUUAAAAAUGGAGAAUCAAAAUUUUAUAUUAAUGCAAUCCGCUCAUAUAAUAAUGUCUAUGGUACUUUUCAAAAUGGAAAAACCCAAUUUAUUAAUGACCAAAAUUAUUCUUUUUAUGUUAAUAUGUGUGAAAACUUAUUUGAAGGCAUUAAAAAUGGUGAUACAAAUUAUGAAAAAAAUAUAGAUACUGUAAAUUUGUAUGGAUCAUCGAAAAAAUUAAAAAUAAAAAAUGAUAGCAGUGUUAGUCCUAAAUAUAUAAAUGAUAAUGUUGAGAAGGAAAACUCAUUCUUACACAAGCUAAGUAAUGCUAACGAUAAUGGGGAAAGAAAAGAUAAUAAUAUGUUGGCAUUUUUAAUUAAAGAAAAGUUGAUACCAAAAUGUUAUGAUAUAGUUCCUGUUUAUCAAUGUAAAGAAAAUAAAAUUGAUGAUCCUCAAAUGGGGGGUAAAGAGACUAACGAAUAUUUUUGUAACAGUGAUAAAAUAGAACAAUCGGAUUCACCAAUUUUAAGCAAUGCUUCUGAAAAAUGGAAAAUUUUUAUGGAUAAUGAAAUGAUAAAAAAUGAAAAUAAAAUAGUAAGUAGUAGUGAAAUGGGUCGAAUGCACCUUGCAUUAAAGCUUAAAAGAAUUUGUAGUAAAAUCAAAUAUAAUAAUCAGCAUUUAUUAGAUUUAAAAUUAGGAUAUAAUAGUAUAAAGGAUAAUGAUAUAUUUUUUAAUAAAGAAUUAUUAAGAGAAAGUGAAUCUAUAGAUUGGGAUAGUAGAGAAAGUUAUAUUAAAAAAUGGUCAAAGAUGAAAAAAGAUAUAAGAAAGAAAUAUAAAAAUAAUAUUGAUCAAUAUAUAAUACAAAUUACAGCAAAAGAUUUAAAUUUACCUGAACAAUUUUAUAAAUAUAAUAGUAAUGAAAUAUAUUUUUUAUUAAAAUCAUGGAAACAAGAAAUGAGUUCAUUAAAAACAACACAAAGAAGUUUAGGAUUUCGUAUAUGUGCAUUUAUUUAUUAUAUUAAAUAUGCUAACCUUUUAACAACAGAAGAAAUAGACAAUUUAUAUAAUAAGGUUUUAACAAGUUACAACAAUAGUAGUAAUAAUACUAGUCAGAAUGGAAAAGUAAAAAAAGAUAAUGAAAAAAAAAUUGAAAUAAAUGAAUGUUAUGAUAAAUUAAAUAAUGUUUUAAAAAUAAGUAGAGAAUAUGGAAUGAGAUUACAUGAUGAGUUGGUUUUAUAUUUUCUUGAAAUUUUUUUAAAAAAUAUUGCCAAUAUUAUAUUACCAAAGCUAGUUAAAUUAAAAAUAUGGUUAGAAAAUCAGACUUUAUAUACAUUUUGUUCAACAUCCAUAUUAAUUAUUUAUGAUAAAAAUAAUCCUUCAUCUUGUGAUAUGAGAUGGAUUGAUUUUACUUAUUCCUUUGAAAAUUUUAAUUACUUUAAAAAUGAUAAUUCAAUAAAUAAAAAAUUUAAUUUAGACAUUAUUUUUGGUAUAAAUAAUUUAAUCAAAAUAUGUAAAAAUAUAAUAGUUAAUAAAAAUAUUCCAAUUUCUAUUUCUUCAAAUGAUCAGAAAGAAAAAAAAAAUGUGUCUAUAGCUGUACAUGCAAAUGAGAGUUAA